CGUAAGUGUUGUUAAGAAGGAUACCCUGGGUAGCAAGAGCCUGUGGAAGUAGCAGUAGCCAUGGUGGUGCUGUCAUCGGAGGAGGAAUCAGUGGUGGAAGCAGUGGUCAUUGAGCUGCUGCUAGUAGUAGUAGCAUUGGCAUCCUGGGCAAACACGGAGGCUGCUGCAGCAAGAGCAGUGAGGCAGAUUACAGACAGGGAACGCAUUCUUAAACAACGAGAGUGGGGUUUGGGUGGAGGGAAAUAUCUCUGAC